CUAUUUUUUGCCCAGAAAGAUGAAAAUUCUUAUAUAUUCCCUGCAGUUACCUAAGUUUUCUGUGCGACGAGAGGCCUAAUACGGGCGCUCGUAGCACGAGGGACCAAGUAACUACCAGUUACCUAAGUUUCUCGUGCGACGACCCUCGAAUCAGCAUACCGGUUGUAAACAUUUUGAGGAAGGACUACUGUAUCUAUGAAAUGGGAUAUCUACUGUAUCAUAUCUGUAAUUAUAAUGCUGAGGAGAAAAUGCAUCUUCUAGUCCCCAUCCUCUUGAAUUGCCUUCACGUUCUUCGAAUCGUGCUCGGCCAGGAACUUUCAGUCACACGACAUGCAGAUGGAGAUAUUUUCACAAUUGAAGGAUCAUGUUCCAAGGCGUGUAAAAUUCUCAGCAGUGGAACAGCUACUCCUCUUUUUCGUAAUCCUUCAAAUGUAAGACUUUAUGCUCCUGUCAGCUCGUGCUCGUGCCAGUGCAAUGUUGAAGUUCCGGUAUUUCGAGAGGAUCUUCAUAUUUGUGUGAAUGAUAUUCACGAAUGCAACGCAGCCGGAUUUAUGAACAGAUCAGGAAUUAUUGAGAGGGUGCCAUAUAUUUAUCUGCCCCAAAGAGGACAGAUUAUUUAUCCCCAAGCGGAAAUUCAUUUCGAAGGGGUUAAAUUUCCAGUUUGUGGAAUCACAGGAGCACAACAAUUAGGAAAAGGCGGUUGGAUCGAAUUGAGAAAUUUAUCAAGUUCAGAACCGCCGUUUAGACUCUUUCGAGAUGAAGGAAGAACUUUUCUACAGUGGAUUGGAGAAACUGGACUGAGAGAAGCAACUGAGGGCAAAUUAGUUGUUGCAAAACUGAUCUGUAGAGACGCCUUUCCAAGAUCCACACAUCCUCAAGUUUUUACACCAUGUGUGGCAUUCCGCGUGUCAGGAUCUUCCUCGAAAAACAGUGUUCGUGAAGUAACAUUCUCUUCUAAUUUCAACAAGUCACAAGGUCUUUCAACAAUAGAAUAUACGGCCAUAGGAAUUUCUUCAAUUCUCUUAGCACUAAUUUAUGUAGCAAGUGUAUCUCUUUACUUGCAUAGUAGAAAAUCAAGAAGAAAAUCAUUAGAAACACCAGAAGUCAUUAUAACAAGUGGACGAGAUGGUGUUGGUCUUGUAAAAAAUAAUCCUCUACUGGCAGCCUCAAGACAUUUUGAGAAUGAUAGUGCAUUGAGUGAGAGUGAUUUAGGCGAUGAUCUUCCUCAAAGCGAUGGCGAUCAGGGAUUCGAAAAUGUUCACGUGACUUCUGCCUUGGUUCAUCCACAUUUUGAUUGUUUGGAAAUAAAUGAAGGAAUUUGUGGCUCGGGUACAAUUUUAGGUGAAAUAUUACCCGAAGAAGAUGUUCGAAUUGUGGAAACAGUCGAUAAUACACAUAAUCAAGACACGCCAGUUUUACCGGGAGCUCAACGAAGAAAAUUAUAUUUCAAUCCAGCCUACUUUGAUAGACAAUUAUUAUUGGCCCCACCACCAGCAGCUAUUGAAUUUCUUUUGAAAAUCAGAGAAGUCAUUGCCAUUGCAAAACAUAAAAUGAGUGCGAAAAAAUUCGUACCCUCUCUUGGAAAUAUUCCCGAAGAAGACAAUUUAUCCGAACAAUGUAGUUUAUUAAUUAAACAAAAACCAAAUUUCACACGAAAUUCAAUAGUAAAAUCUCAAAAAUCUCAAAAUUGUUCUGGAUGUCCAGGAUGCUUGGAAUAUCAUUCAAAUCUUCCAACACUUGCAGAAAAUAUAAAACAAAUACCAGGCGAAAGUAGAGUGAGAGCAUGGCUUGAAGAUGUAAAACCACCAGAACGUCGUUGGAAAGAAAAUGAAAAUGAGGGAAAAUUCAUUAAAGAAAAAUCAAAAAUAUUUACAAAUAAUUUAGAAUAUCUCGAGGAAAUAACCAAUAAAUAUGAAUUCAAAUCAAAUUUAUCAUCACAAUUUUUUUCAACAUGGCGUGAUAAUCCUCCAAUGUUGAAAACAUUUCGUAAUAUUGCUCGCAGUGAAUAUCUCGAUAAUGAUGAUAAAUUUAGCAUUUCACAAAGAUCAACAAAAUCAAUGUUUGAAGAACCAAUUUUCGAUAGAUUUCAACGUAAAUUACGCGAUGGAUUUGAUCUACAUGAAAAUAAUGAAAUUAAUGCAAAAGUUCGUAAAGCAAUUGAAAAUUCAUUUAUUAAGCAAAUGGAAGAGAAUACAAUAUUGGAGAAAAAAGAAAAGAAAUUCAUUGAAAAGAAAAAUGAGACAUUAAUAGGUAAUAAUGAUUUAUUAAAGAAAAAUGACAAUGAAAAAUCUAUAAUUCCACCUUAUAAGAAAUCACGUAAACCAAAAGCACCAUCGGUACCGAAAAAACUACCCAAUAUGAUAAAGGAAAUUUCAAAUAUUCCAAAUGGUACAAACACAGCAAAACGUAUAAUGGACGCAGUUAUCAAAGAAAUGGUUGAUGUAAAAUCACUUGAAACAUGUACAAAAUCAUCGAAAAUUGAUGACUACGAAGUCGAUAGUCUCGAAAGAUCGAAAUAUAAUAGAAAAUCAUCAACAUCACCAGAAUCAAUUGAUCAUUCAAGUCCAAGUUUAUCAUCAGCUUUACCAAUGGAGGAGGAAUUAACAAUGCAAAAUGCCAUUAUUAAUAGAAAAACCGGUGAGAUGACAAUUUCAAAAAUGAAAAAAUCAAAUUAUUACAAUCUUCCCGAAAUUGUUAAUAAAAAAGAAGAAUAUGCUUUAGUCAGUGAAGUUUAUGUAAAUGACGGCUAUACAAGUCCAACAGGAAGUGAUGAUUCAGGUCCUGAAAUUCAAUAUGAAGCUGAAAAUCCCGGUCAUCUUACAAUAAAAGUUCAAGAUUCAUCUAAAAAUUAUAUAAAACUCGACGAAUCAGAAUAUGAGCCCGAUACACUUGAUAGAAAACCAAUGAAAUUGAAAAUAAACGGUGAUGUACAAUAUGAAAAGGAUUCAAUGACAAAUGAAAUAUUUGCCGACUCAUUAGAGAGACCAAAUCAAAUUCUAUUGCGUUCAAAAGGCAGUUUUAAGGAUGAGGAUUCAAUAAAAAGUGGAAUUGCACCACUUCAUCGUGGUUACGGUAGUCUUCGUGCUAUUUAUGAGGCACGUCUUAAAGCUGGAAUGAAAGAAAAUUCAGUGAAUGAUGGUGAAAAAACACUCUCAUGGAAAAAGAAUAAAUAUUUAACACCUGACAAUAGACACGCGAGAAGACAAAGAAAACCCCAUCAAAAUCAACCGGAUGUUGUACCAAUGCCACCUGAGGAAAUUUAUCAAUAUCCAAAAGCACCGAGACGAGUUGAAAAUAAUUUGUCACUCUCAAAAAACGACUGGGACAGGAGUCGUACCAAAACGGAGGACCCUACAGCUAGUGAUGGCGCUCCUGUCCCAAAUUUAAAUAGUUUAUUCGUAGGGAUAACACAUUCGGAGAAUUAUAAUAAUUUCAUUGAUACAUCAUCAUCAUCGUAUAUUUCGAAUAUUAAUUGUAAUGGUGAAACGUUGGAAAAUAAUUUAUCACAUUCAGCGGCUAAUAUUUCGGAAAUAAUGUUGGAUGAAUUGUCAUUAAAAAAAAUACAGGGUGAUAAAAAUAUUAUUGAUAUUAAUAAUUGUUUGCCAUCUUUGUAUGGUAGUGAAAUGUCAAUGACAAAGGGACGGCCUUCUAGUCGAAAUCAGAGGAAUGAUCAAAUUAAUCUUAUUCCCACUCGUAUGAGAAAUUUGGCUUAUUCAGCUGAUCGUGUUUAUUCGAAAUCAUCGAAUGUUCUACGAAAAACUAAGGCGCAAAAAAAAGCGCUUUACAUUAAUCCUGCAUUGUAUAAAAUGGAAGACAGUGGAUAUCUGAGCAGCACAGACAGCAAUGGAUCUCGUAAGCAAUUAUUGGCGAACGAUGUGAGUAGUGUAUCGGAAACAGAUGAAACAGAAUCACAAGGUGAUGGAGCAAGUGAAAGUGGAGCCGAAAGUGUUGGUACUGAUAGUGUAUUCUUUGGGAAUUUUCGUAAACUUUCUGAAACGUCAAAUUUUUCAAAAAGCAUUGACUCAGGAGUAGAUGUUGAAGUGCGAAAUCCUUUUUUUAAACCAUUUGGAAUAAGAAAUGAAGGUGGUGUUCUUGAGAGAAUAACAAUAAAUACCAGUGAAAGUGAAGCUGAGAGCUUUAACACUGUUUUAAGUCCAGACAGUAGUAAAAGAAGUAGAAAUCUUGCCUCUUGACUGAAACAACAAAUUUAAUAUAUAUUUAUAGGAAAUUAUAUAAAAAUUGUUCAAAAAUAUUUUUAAUAUAUUUCUAUACGUAUCUACAAAAGAAUAUAGUAUAAAAAAAUAAUUUUUGAAAUUAAUAAAAAAUUUAUUUCGUGUUAAUUAUAAUAUUUGUUUUUUGUUUUUUUUUCAGAUUUUAGUAGUUUUUUAAAAAUAAAUUUUCAAUUUUUUUUAUAAAGAAACGAUUGAUAAUGUUAAAAUUUUUAUCUAAUAUUAAAAUAAUAUUUAUUUAAAUAGUUUUUUAAUUCGAUAAUGUAAUAAUGAAUUAAUUAAAUUAAUUUCGUUUCUAUUUUUAUUUAUUUGGAACUAUUAUUUUGAAAAAAUCGAUUUAUAUUUCAAAUAAAAGACAUGAAAUAAUUAAUAUAUUAACUAAAUAAAUUUUUUUAAACUUGUAAUAAGUAAAACAGACAAAAAAAAACUGUAGGCAUCAAUUAAAUGAAAGCAACUGAAAGACUUGAAAUGAUCAAUUAUUCAUGUUUAAAAUAAAAGCCGUUGUAAAUAGACACUUCAUUUUUCUAUACGUAAACUUUUGUAAAAACUUCGUUAUGUUUAAAAUGAAUUAGAUAAAAUUCAAAGACACAAUGUGUCAAAAAAAAAAAGUUCGACAACCGGGUAAUUUAUUUAAUUCAGAAAUAAGAUUAAAUAAGCUCAAUUUUAAUUUAGAUAGGAACAAUUUUUUAUCAUAAAUGGGUAAAUUUAAGAAAUUCAAUAGUAGUCUGACUAGAUUUAUAAAAUUAAUUAAUUUGUUAAUUGAUUAUUUUAACUUAAAUGUCAAAUAAAUAAUAAUAUUUAAAAUAAUUACUGGAUUUUAUGUAAAUUAUAUACAAUUUAUAAUUUAUUAAUUGAUUAAUUUUACGUGAAUGUAAAAUAAUUCAGGGCCGGCGGUGCAAUAAUAAGAUUAUAAAUUAGUAAUUAAUUUUACCAAUUUAUGACUCUUGUAAUAUUUAUAAAUUAAAUUUACAAAUAUAUUAAAUGUCUCGUGAGUGAGAUUAUUUGAAUCUAGUUUGAUAAAAAUUUUAUUAAUCUUUGAAAUCGGUGAAAAAAAUUGUUUUUAAAUAUAUAUGCGUAAUUUUAUAAUAAUUAUGUAUCAAUAUAUAAGUAUGAAGAAUAUAAUUAUAAGAUUAUGAAUUUUGAUAUCUUACCAAACAGGUAUUAAUUAUUGUAGAAUUUAUUAGAAAUCUUUAUCUCUUUUUAAACUAUCGAGAAUUAUUAUAUUUGUUUGUUAAGGUAUCUCUUCGGCUGUUUGUAAAAAUUAUUCAAAAGACAAUUUCAAUUGUUGCAAUAGUUGUUAAUUUUUUUUUUCUGUUGUGAAUGCAUUUUAUUUAUGAAACUUUAUAAUAUAUUUUAUAAUAUUGACAAUUUAAUUUUUAUUUAAUUUAAUUGCAUAAUAUAUAAAAUUUUGUUAAGUUUGAUUUUAAUUUAUUUUAAAUAAUUUUUAAUUUAAUUUAAAAAUAUGUUUUAUAUUUAUAUGUAUCUGUAGGAUAAAAUAUUUGUUUAAAUGAUUUUUGUAAAUGUUAUUAUUAAAUUAUAUAUAAUUUUUUGCAAUUUUAUUUAUAAUUAAUAUCUGAGAUUUAGUUAUUAUUGGAAGGAGUUGUGAAUUCCAGAAGCGCACGCUUCCAUGUACCUGCCAAAUGUAAAUAUAAUUAAAAAGUUAUAAUAUAUAAAUAAAUUUAUAUAAAAUUAUUACACUCCUAUGAAGUUUAUAAUAAUAUAAAUAAUGAAAUAUAAUUAAUUUAUAAAGUUACAAUACUCACUUCGAAUGUAUGUUAUUUCAAGAAGUUUAAUUUUGACUUUCGAUAAAUCUGUUCACCUGUUAUAUUAUUAUAAUU